AUGUCGGAUGAACAGCGGCCUGCACACAGCCACCACCACGAACAUGUCGACCCCAAAUCCAACCGCAUCGGGAAAUACCAGGUCAUCAAGACCUUGGGUGAAGGUUCCUUUGGUAAGGUGAAGUUGGCCCAGCACUUGACCACGGGCCAGAAAGUGGCCCUCAAGAUCAUCAACAAGAAGACGUUGGCCAAGAGCGACAUGCAGGGCCGUGUUGAGCGGGAGAUUUCGUACUUGCGGUUGUUGAGACACCCCCACAUCAUCAAGCUCUACGAUGUGAUCAAGCUGAAGGAUGAGAUCAUCAUGGUCAUUGAGUUUGCGGGUAAGGAAUUGUUUGACUAUAUAGUGCAGCGCGGCCGCAUGCCCGAGGACGAGGCCAGACGGUUUUUCCAGCAGAUCAUAGCUGCGGUGGAGUACUGCCAUAGACAUAAGAUUGUGCACAGAGACUUGAAGCCCGAGAAUUUGCUUUUGGACGACCACUUGAACGUGAAAAUCGCGGAUUUUGGUUUGUCCAACAUCAUGACCGACGGUAACUUCUUGAAGACCUCGUGUGGUAGUCCCAACUAUGCUGCACCAGAGGUGAUCAGUGGUAAAUUGUACGCUGGUCCCGAGGUCGACGUUUGGUCGUCUGGUGUGAUUUUGUACGUCAUGCUCUGUGGUAGAUUGCCCUUCGAUGAUGAUUUCAUUCCAGCUUUGUUCAAGAAGAUUUCCAAUGGUGUCUACACUUUGCCCAACUAUUUAUCUCCGGGCGCAAAGAACUUGCUUACACGCAUGCUUGUGGUCAAUCCAUUGAACAGAAUCACCAUCCACGAAAUCAUGGAGGACGACUGGUUCAAACAGGGCAUUGAGGAAUACCUUAUGCCUCCUGACUUGUCCAAAACCACUCACAACAAAAUUGAAAUCGACGAGGAUGUUAUCAGUGCGCUUACAAUGACCAUGGGCUAUGACAGAGACGAGAUCUUGAACGUCAUCAACUCUUGCAACAAGCAACUGUCGCCACAGCAGCAAUCCAACGAGAUUUUGGACGCAUAUUUGUUGAUGAAGGAGAAUCACUCUUUGGUCAAGGACUUGAAGAAGAACAAGACAGAGAAAAUGGAGACUUUCUUAUCCCAAAGUCCUCCUCCAUCCUGGAACACCACUAACGACAAUAUUCCUACUUCACACAAGGCGCCUGGUGUCCAGCAAUCUUUGACAUAUCAAACCUUGGCCACCGUGCCCGACUUGUCAACACUUCCCAAUUCGACGAUUGCAAUCUUGCCUUCGUCUCUUCCAUCUAUUCACAGAGCCUUUAUGGUGCAGCAAAACGACGAAAGCCAGUUCAAGAUCAAUGCUAUAUCAUCGAAGAAGCUGAAGACAAAAUGGCAUUUUGGUAUCAGAUCGAGGUCUUAUCCAUUGGAUGUCAUGGGCGAGAUCUAUCGCGCGCUAAAAAAUCUUGGUGCAGAGUGGUCAAAACCUACCGAAGAAGAGCUCUGGACCAUUAGAGUCAGAUGGAAGUACGGACCCAGCAUGGUGGACGAGACUGUGAAUGCCGGAGAGUGUGUGCCGCCAGAUUUGAUGAAGAUGCGCAUUCAACUUUUCCAGUUGGAGCCCAACAAUUAUCUCGUGGACUUCAAAUUCGAUGGCUGGGAGAGUUCUUCCGGUGAGCAGCCUGCAAGACAGGAUGUUGACGAGAUGAGCUCUUUCUCUGCUUAUCCUUUCUUGCAUUUGGCCACUAGACUCAUCAUGGAGUUGGCUGUUAACUCCACGCAAGCGUGA